AUGGAACCUUGGGGUGGGUUAUGUUGCGUAGGCGCUGCGGCUCUUUAUCUUCUCAGCCGAAGAACUGCCAGGGAUGUUGACUUUCUCGAAUCGGUAACUAGGGUUGACCAGCUCAAGGACUUGGAGAGCAUGGUGUUGCCAUCGAUUGUCGCGGUAUCAGGAACAGUUGGCUCUGAGACACCCAUCAAGUGUGAGCACAGUGGCAUUUUAACUGUUAUUCUCCAGGAAGCAGCAGAGCACCAAUUUCUGAAACGUAACUGGAAGUUUUCAUGGGUUCAAGACACUGCAUUGAUGCUCCCCGUGAGCAAGGAAGUCCCUUGGUUUCUGGAGGAUGGGACAGGCCGCGUGAACGUAGCUGGAGCUCAAAGUGCUAUAGGGUUUGCCUUGACGGCCGGAGGUGAAGUAUUUGAAAAGCCAGAGCCGUCUUCCCUUGUUCGAGGAACAUUAGAUUUUCUCCGUGGCCUCGAGAUGCUUGGAAUAAGACGCAUUGAGCGUGUUCUCCCUGUCGGCACACGCCUUACCAUUGUUGGUCAGGCUAUAGAAGAUGGUAUUGGAGAUGUCAGGAUUCAAAAACCCGAUCAAGGGCCAUUCUACGUUUCCCCUAUGCCGCUCGACCAGCUCAUCUCUCAAGUGGGAAAGUGGUCAAGGGGGUUCAAGAAAGCCUCAAUGGGUUUAGCUCUUGUUGGUGUGAUUCUGAUUUCAAAGCCUGUGAUUGAAUAUAUUAUAACGAGGACAGGAGAUCUUCUAGAGAGAAGGCGGCAGCGACUGUUAGAAAAAAGAGCUGAUGAUGCAGCUGCUAAGAGAAAGAAACUUGCUGAUGAUGCAGCUGCUAAGAGAAAGAAACAAGUGACCCAAAAAGAAUUGGAGAAUGGUACGAGCAGGGAUAGCGAUGAAUAUGAUCGUUGUGUGAUCUGCCUUGAGAGGAAGUGUGAUGUUGCUUUUGUUCCGUGCGGUCAUAUGUGCUGCUGCUUGACAUGCUCCUUGAUGCUGCAAGGGAAGCCUUGUCCUCUUUGCCGGAAAGGUGAUUGGUUUUUGAAGAUUUAUCGCUAUUGA